CAAAUGUUCACCUGUACCGCACAUCGCGAACCAGACACUGCCAUGAUGCAAAGUCGUUCUCAGAUUCUGUGAUGCCACAAGCGCUCAAUGCUCAAAGACACUCAAGUUCACUGAUCCCUCCAUGAGAUCUGGAAUGUUUGGAUCAUGGAUGUGCACAGUCUCGCCUCGGUGUUGCCCGAAGGCUUCCGUGCCUUCUAUGCCCGCAACGCCUAUAUUGUCGGCGCCUCAGAAGCAGACUAUCCAACUAUUUGGGUCGUCCUGCUCCUGGCCGCUGCAGGUGUUGGUGUUUUGUGGCUCAGCUCCACACAAUCUACCAAGGCGAAGCAGCCACCAUGUCUCAGUGAGACCAUUCCCCGGGUCACCAACAUAUAUCACUGGUGGACCAACAUGAAGAAAUUUCUGGUGCGGGUAGAGGAAGCCCUCCAAAACUCUAGUGUGAUCAAGUUCUAUCUUGGCCCCACGACUGCAUAUGUAGUCCGCGGGGCUGCCAACGUUCAGGAGAUAUUUCGGACGUCCAGCACAAGCAAGUUCGAGAGCGACAUCAUGAUCGAAAUGGUGGCCGCCAGGCAGUGGGGGAUGCCCAAGAAGGAUCUCGACAAGAUCAAAAGAGACAAGUCAGGUCGCUCCAAGAAGCCCUUGCCUGGCACCGAAGACCUCCCCGAGCAGGACCGCUUCUUUUAUGCGCAGCACCACAUAUACAGCGAGUACCUGGCGCACUUGCGUUCCUCCACUGGCCUUGCCGAGGUCUUUUACAAGUUUGUUACCGACAAACUCGACGCAGAGCCGGUGGGAGCCUGGAAGACCGUGAGCCUGGUGGGGUUUUGUAGGAUGGAGGUCGCCGAAGCCGCAAUCCGCACCCUUCUGGGAUCGCAGGUCGUCGACAACCACCCUGACUUCCUCGACGCAUUCUGGAAAUGGGAGGCAGACGCCGUGCUGUUGUUCUUUGGUGUUCCUCGCUGGCUCAACUCUCGCCCGUACGACGCCAGAGAGCGUCUCAAUCGUAUCAUGAAAGACUAUAUGCGGCUUGCUGACCAAUUCGACUUUGACGGCCCCGAUUCCGAAGUCGUCUGGGAAGAGCGCUCCGGCUCAAGGGUGGCCCGUGAGAUGCUCAAGUAUUAUCGGGGGACGGAUUUUGACGAUGAGGGCAUUGCUGGAUACUAUGCCACGUUCUUGCUUGCGCAAAACUCAAACACCCUCCCCAUCGCAACUUGGGUCGUGAUGGAAGCCGCCCAAGACCCUGCGCUUUUGCAGGCCUUGCAGAAGGAGGUUGACCAGGUCUUUGCGGAAGAUCACACUCUAGUUAUCCCAAAACUCCUGGCGCUGCCGUUAUUGCAGUCUGUGUACACGGAGGCUCUGCGUCUACACAUGUCCUUCAACCUCCCGCGCACCACGCGUGACAAGGUCGUCAUGGACGGCUACGAGAUCAGGAAGGGCACCCUGGUUCUGGCCCCCAUUGAGAUUGCCCACCUCGACGAGGCCGUCUGGGGCUCUCCGGGCCAUCCAGCCUCCGAAUUCUGGGCGGAGCGUCACCUCAAGUACACGGAGACUGUCGACAAGGACACUGGCCAGAAGACCAUGCGGCCGGAGUUUUCCAUGGCCAAGAACGCGAACAUGUUCUUCCCGUACGGCGGAGGAUCUGGGAUCUGUCCCGGUCGGACCUUUGCUAAGCAGGAGAUCCUCAUGAUUGCGGCGAUCCUGCUGGCCAAGUUUGAUUUUGAGUUUCUCGAGUGGACCAAGCUGGACGGAACCAAAUCCGAUCGACCGGCUCAGGACGACGAGAGGUAUACCGGGAUGGCGGCGAUGCCUCCGGAUCGGGACAUGAAGGUCCGCCUCAAGAGACGGUGGUAGAUCGUGCCCAAUGCGUAGUCUCUAGACUAUUCCAGUGUCUCGACUCCCACGCCAGGCAAUUUAGCUUCUUGUGUUGGCUGCCAGCGGACGGACAGACGGAGGGGAAAGUCUUAUUUGGAGGAAAGUCCAAGGGGGCUUCGACCGUCCGCAUAUAUUCGAGGUCCUAUCAUCUUAUAAAGUCGCAAUGUCACUUUGGUGCGUCCUUCUUUUACG